AUGUCGUCCUGGUGGAGCAGGAUGUCCAAUCGAUUCCGCAAGCUGAAGUUGACUCAGACAUUGCGCCAUGGAUUUCCUUCCAAUCAGUUUGUGCCUUUUCCUGAUGAGCCUGAACCAUCAUUAAAUUCCACCAUAAAAGCAUUUUCACAGAGUGAUAUGGACACCUCUGGAAACCUUGAUGCUGCAACAGCUCGGAUCACAAAUAACAAAGCUAGUGGUGUAAACACUGCGAAAGGAGGAAAGGAUGAUGAAUUACUGACAACCAUGUUGAGAAGCAGUGCUCCGUUUACCAGGCUGCCCAGCGAUAAACUGAAAGCAGUGAUACCGCCUUUCUUACCACCCUCAAGUUUUGAGCUUUGGAAUUCUGACCUAACGCGACUUAGCAAGGAUGGCAAAGCUGAACAGAUGAGAACUGCCUGGCCACAGAGAGCGAUCAAGCAUGAUUUUAACAGCAGUGGGAACUCUGAUACAACACCUGUUAGCAAAGGUGCUAGACCAGUCAAAUUACCAACAUUUACAAGAAGACCAGCGUCUCCUUCAAAUUCCAACAAUUUCAACCAUUCUCCCCAUUCUUCUGGUGGAUCCAAUAACAUCGCAGGAAUUAACAGGCAUGGAGGAGAACUGUAUAACAGAUCAGGUGGCAGUGCAGAUAAUGUUUUGUCUCAGAUUGCAGCCCAAAGAAGAAAAGCAGCAGGCUUACCUGAACAGAAACCCAGCCAACAGUAUAGUCCAGUCCAGUCAACUCCUUCAUCCACUCCGUCUGAUUUGCAGUGUGCUCAAAUUGUUGGCAAUGGACAUGUUGUAAAGGUACAGAGACAUCAAAAACUGGAGAUGAGCAAAAGACCUCCAUCUGGGACUUCAUCUACAUCUAAAAGCACAUCACCAACUCUCACACCUUCCCCAUCACCCUCCCCAUCUCCUAAGGUUCACAACACAGAGUCCUCUCUCUCUUCUUCUCACAGACAAGCCAAGAGCAAUGGUUCCAGCAGUGGUACUAUUACAGAGGAUGGCAACCACUUGGUGGACCAUCAACAGGUUGUCCCUAUUCUGAGAACCAGUGAUGUAGAGAAUCAUGAAAGACGAAACCAUGUGAGAGUAAAAGGAGGCUCUGAAAACUUGGAGAAAGAUGAGCUGACUGGCAUCCUUAAAAAAUUGUCACUUGAGAAAUAUCAGCCUAUUUUUGAGGAACAAGAGGUGGAUAUGGAAGCCUUCCUUACACUUACUGAUGGUGAUCUGAAAGAGCUGGGUAUUAAAACUGAUGGAUCAAGACAGCAGAUUUUGGCAGCUAUUUCUGAAUUAAAUGCAGGAAAGGGACGAGAGAGACAGAUUUUACAAGAAACUAUACACAACUUCCAUUCUUCCUUUGAGAGUAGCGUUAGUAACACACGACCUCCAGGUCAUUCCCAGU